GCCAUGGGGAGUUAGUUACCUCGCCCCAUUUCCAGAUCCUGAUCAAUAACGCCGGCGACCGCCUCGCCGGUGCAGGUAGACUCCCGUAUUCUAUUCCCAGAUCAAGAAAUUAAAUACGCUCUCCUAUGCCUUUUCCCUUGGCAAGGUGGAUCUUCGUCGCCCUCUCGAUCGAUUCAGUUUCAUGGAGGGAUUAGUACCAAGAUCUUCCUCGAUCGCCGAUUGAUUCGGAGCUCCCUUGACCUUUGCAUGCUAUGGCAGAUUCUGCUAUUGAAGCUCUGUCAGUUUCUUUCCGAACUCUGCGUCUAGCUUUCUCAAUUAUGCUGUCAGUCACAAAGGUUCCACUGGUUAGCGUCUCAGCCCUGCGUCUCCUACAGUAGUUCAUGGGGCCAUCGCAAUCUCUGUACCCUAACAUUGCCGAUGCACUAUGUUUAUGCUACAAAUUUUUAUGGUAACUGUGGAUCAAUCUCUAGUCCGAGAAUGUCCGAUAAGCGAGGAGCAUAUGAAGAAAAAAAUUGUUCGACUCGUUUGUCUCCACCACCGCUAGUAUAUGAUGACGAGUCACAUUUGAUUGAUGUAAUCGAAGAAUUUAUGGAUCUUGAACUUCAUUUUUCAGAGGAUUACUUCUGUAAACAGGACUGCUGCUGCGCCUUCGAUCCCUCGGUUGCCUUCCCGAGAGGUUGCAGUAUCCGCUGUGCCUGGAGACGUUCGCAGGGCGGCGAGGAUUCCCGAACACUCGUGGACAGCGGAUGGCUAGUAGUAGAUCACAACGGUUCCAAGUGAGUGGAUUCCGAUAUUAAGGGCUUAUAACGCCUCUCGAGACCUCGUUGUCUCCACCUCAUCUCCUGUCCUCGAGGAUUGUUCCAAAAGCGGCUGGAAGACUCGGCGGGGCCUGGAAUGGGGCUCGAAUUUGAGGAAUGGGUGGCAUCGAUCCGCAGACGCAGCGGCAAGUGCCUGUCCCAAGGAAACCUUCAUGGAUUGCCUUUGCGUGAUGCUAUGCCCCACAAGACCUCAGCCUUGAUUCCAUCCCCUCGCUGCGGGUAUGCAAAGACAGAAGUACCAGAUUGGGACAAACCUGAUGGUAGUGCAACUAAAUCACAGUCUCCAGACCAAGUGCCAGAAGUUAGUUUGCGGGAUAAGCUUGGAAAUGCUGCUACUUUAGAUGUUGAAGCAAGUGACAUAUCUUGGGACACACUAUUUUCCCUGCACCACACAAAAUACACGAGCAGCAAUGAACAUUCUGAAGAUGAGCUGAACAAAGCUCUAGAGGUAACUGUAAAUUCUGGUGGAGUAGUUUUCUUUGCAUUGUUUAAUACAAUAAACGAUGAUGAUCUUUUACCAAAAGAAGCAGCAGCAGUCAUUAAAAUUGCACCCUCGAGGAUGGCCACACAAUCAGAACGCCUGGGUUACGAAUUUGCAAGAUUGCUUGGAGUGAAGACACCUCAAGCGAGGGUGAUCCAUAACUCUAGCACGGAGUGGCAACUGAUUAAGGAUGCUACAGAAAAAGCACGAGAUAUGACUGUUGAUAGUGGAGAUGAAGUGGGUGCAGUUACGUGCUCAGAGUUGUUAGAAGCCCUCGAAUUGAGUCGAUGCCUUCUCCUAAUGAAUUAUUGUCAUGGCUCGCCUCUGGUGGAAAAUUCGAUCGCAUUUGAUUCAAGAAUAGCUGCUGAAAAUACUGCUGCAGCACUAGGCAGGGUCUUGAUGUUGGACCUUGUGCUUAGAAAUGAGGAUAGACUUCCUUGUCCCCAACUUGGGUGGCGUGGCAACCAAGCCAAUCUGCUGUUUUCAAUCAAAGUAGCCUCUGCAAACAUGGAUGCACUCGAUGAAUCUUAUGACUGUAGAAGAAACAAACCACGGAUAGUGAAGAGUCUCAGGAAAGAGAGAGCGAAAGAGAGACGGGCAUCCUCUAUAAAUGGUGGACUAAGUUCUCAAGGCCCCGAGCUUACAGCAGAGGAUUCUGAUGAUUGCAUCGAGUUCACUGACAGAUCCAUUAAUAAUCAAGCGACAGAAUAUGGAAAAACAUCUAAUUUUCAUAUUGUGGCCAUCGACUCUCUGGUUCCUCGCAGACCCCCUGCAGGUAAACGGGCAAGAGAUCUAGAAAGCUAUCCCAGGGUGGUUGAGCUUAUUAUCAAUAAUUAUGAGUUUUCUUCUAACUUGCUCUAUGAAGUGUCUUUUGGGAAGCUGGGGUUCCCUGGACCUGAACACACUGAUGCACAAAUUGAUUCUUCUUUGCCGGAGUUCGAUAUGGUAGCUGUUGUUCAUGCAUUCUGUCAAGGAUUUCGUGCUGCUCUUAGGGACCUCCAAAGCUUCCAUAUAUUUCUUCUCACACUGUACCAGAAACUAGAGGGUCUCUUUCGGGUGUUACUGACCAUCAUAAAUAAAUGCUUUAGCGAGUCUGACAAGGAUGAUUCUGGGGCUUCAGAGUCACCAUCAAAUUCUUCUUGCUGCAGCUUCAAUGCCCACUUUCAGGCAUGUAAGGAACAUGGUGCCCAUGAGACACAUGCAGAUUCUAGCGAUCCUGAAUCUCGGAGAUGUUCACAAAAAUCUUCAGGAUUCCGAGAUAGCAUUGAUAUAGUUUCUCCUGUUUCACGAGAUAAUUGGAAUGGUAGGUGUUCCAAAGGAGGUGGAGAAGCUCCCCGGAGUCUGCGCUUGACAAUGAAGCUUCGUGAUUUUAACAAGUGUACUAAGGUAGAUGCUGAGUUGAGCAAGGAGUUGGAACAGUGGAAUGAAAUGCUAAAAUCAGAUGUUGUGAGACUGUGCCAAGAAAACAAUUUCAAUACAGGCUUCUUUGAGGGAAACGAUAAUAACAUUGCCGUUGAUGCUUAUGAGCUGAAGGUCCGACUUGAGCAUAUCCUUGAGAGAAUAUCACUUAUUUCUGAUGCAGCUAGUACAGAGCGGCCUUCUCCUAUUACAGAGUAUCUUUAUAUUGGUGGAGCCCUGGCUGCAAAAUCCAUGUACACCCUUCAGCACCUGGGUAUCACUCAUAUAUUGUGCUUGUGUGCAAAUGAAAUCGGACAAUCAGAUUCUCAAAAUCCCGACCUCUUUGAGUACCGAAACUUCUCUGUAUGUGAUAAUGAUGAUGAAGAUAUCGGCAAUCUCUUCGAAGAGGCUUCUGACUUCAUUGAUUAUGUUGAGCGUUUGGGAGGUAAAAUAUUGGUUCAUUGUUUUGAAGGAAAAAGUCGCAGUGCCACUGUUGUGCUUGCUUAUCUAAUGCUAAGAAAGGGCCUCACUCUAUUAGAAGCGUGGAACAUGCUUAAAAAGGCGCAUCGUCGAGCCCAGCCAAAUGAUGGCUUUGCUAAGACUCUUCUGGAUCUAGACGAGCAACUGCAUGGGAAGACAUCGAUGGAAUGGCAACAAAGGAAACCUAUGAUGAAGGUUUGCCCCAUCUGUAAGGAGAAUGCAGGCCUGAGCAGCAGCUCACUCAAACUCCAUCAACAGAAGUAUCACAGAAUGUUAUCGUCCGGCAGUGCGGAUAGUGUCAUGGCCUUGGAGACACACAAGUCUCAAGAGGCACUUAAGAUCAAUCGUCAUGGCAGUACUAGCCAUACUCGAAUGCGAUAAAUUCUCUCAUUGAUGCCCGUGUCUAUGGACGUGGCCGAUCCAAAUUAUGCUUUUGGUCGCAGUUCGACUCUUUUAUCUUUAUGGCUGCUGAUAAGGACCUGUGAAAAUGAUAAUGCGUGCAAUAGGACAAGCCAAAAGUUGAUCUCUGAACAUUCCUAUUGUGUUUGCUAGAUUCUUGUCAAUGAUUUGACUGUGCUAAUUCUGCUAGAUUCUGAUAUGCGAGAGUUGCACAUUGUAUACCUAGCUCAAAAGCUAACACAAAAAGUAUACCAUAAUUAAUUGUGCUAAUUAUGCAUUUGUUUGUCAGGGCCAACUCCUCAGGCUUGUUUCAACGGGUUUAGCAGAACAAACUUCAAAUUUAGAGGAGCAAUUGGACAAGAUGAAGCUACCGG